AUGCGCCGCGGUGUGCGGAUCUUUCUUUUGGGUGUCGCCCUGGCACUCUGGUGCUGUGCGCUGCACGCCCACGCCUUCGCCUUCGACCUGCCGGCCACGAAACACCGGUGCUUCGUGGAGGAGGUGCCGAGCAGCACAGAGCUGCGCAUCUCCUUCGCGGCGCUGCCGGGGUACGCGCAGUUCCUGGACGUCGUCGUGACGGGCCCCGAGGGCCACGUCUACUACUCCGCCACCGCGCAGGACCGUGGCAACUUCCACGAGGUAAUUGCCGGGGGCGGGGACUUCACGGUCUGCUUUCACUCCCGGCUGGCGCAGGGGGUGAGGUACGCCGAGGGGAUGAAGCGCAGCAUUAGCGUGGACAUUCACACCGGAAGCGAAAACAACGACUACUCGAAGCUGGCCACCAAAGAGAAGCUGCGGCCGAUUGAGGUCGAGCUGCGCGUGCUGGAGGACGCGGUGCGCUCCAUCCACUCCGAGUACCUCUACUACAAGGAAAAGGAGGCGGAGAUGCGCAACGCUAAUGAGGCGAUGACGGUCAAGGUGACGUGGUUUACCGGCUUCAUCAUCCUCAUCUUUGUCCUAUUCUCCAUGUGGGAGCUGCGCCACCUGAAGUCGUACUUCCGGAAGAAGCGCCUGAUUGAUUGA